UGCCUCCACUCCUGUGAUCGAGAAUUUCACUCCACACUCCGUAUUCGGUCGCGAUCGUAGUACGGUGUUCGACGCGCAGUCGAAGGAGGCCAGUCAAAGCGAGCGCAAGAUGCCAAUGUAGACAGUGAAUCGCGCGACGUUCGUCAAGUAAAACGAGUAUGUAUAAUGUGAAUACAUAGUGAGAAAUUGGCGUGAUAUGGUGAACGAUCAAGCUGCAAUCGAAAUCUUCAAUUAGCAGUACGCGCGCGGUAAUGUGAACAAAGAGCAGAGAAAGAAAAGGCUACGAAGGAAAAAAGUGCAGUGACUCUAGAUUUGAUUGGCGGUGCACGCAGAGAGCGGCCCUUCGUAUACAUACAUAUGUAAUGGAGCAUCAGCAGGGUCGAAAGCAAACAAUGAACUCGGCAGAGGUGGCGAAAGCCAACGAAGAGUUCGAUUUGUUUUGUAAUGCCACUACAUUGAAAUCCAUUCUUGGACAUUUUCGGAAUCUCUGCGAAUUACUCAAAAUCAGACCAAAUACGAUCAAUCAAUUUUAUCCAAAAUUGAAAUCCAAGUUGCGAUCGUGGAAGGCGCUAGCUCUAUGGAAAAAAUUUGAUCAGAGGGCCAAUCACAAAUGUUACAAUCGUGGCAAAGCAUGCCCGAAUACAAGAGUUUUGAUCAUCGGAGGAGGUCCGUGUGGACUUCGUUCGGCGAUAGAAGCCCAGCUGUUAGGUGCCAAGGUUGUCGUUGUGGAAAAAAGGGACCGGAUGUCCAGAAACAACGUCCUUCACCUUUGGCCCUUUGUUAUUCAAGAUCUUCGUGGCCUAGGAGCAAAGAAAUUCUUUGGAAAAUUCUGCGCUGGAUCUAUAGAUCACAUCAGUAUCCGCCAACUUCAGUGUAUCUUGCUGAAAGUCGCAUUGAUCCUCGGUGUCGAGUUCCACGAAAGUGUCAGCUUCGAUUCUUUGAUACCGCCACCGGAGAAUCAGGAAGAGGGCAAGAUCGGUUGGAGAGCGAAAACUACCCCCGCUGAUCAUCCAGUCUGUCAAUACGAGUUCGACGUGCUGAUCGGCGCCGAUGGCAAAAGAAACACAUUGGAGGGUUUCAAGCGGAAAGAAUUUCGGGGUAAAUUGGCCAUAGCGAUAACGGCCAAUUUUAUAAACAAACGAACUGAAGCGGAGGCACGGGUAAAAGAAAUCAGCGGAGUGGCCUUCAUCUUCAACCAGAAAUUUUUCAAAGAACUGUACCAUGAUACUGGUAUAGAUCUAGAGAAUAUUGUAUAUUAUAAAGAUGAUACUCAUUACUUCGUUAUGACUGCCAAAAAGCACAGCCUUAUAAACAAGGGAGUAAUUCUGCAGGACUAUCCAGAUACAGCGAAGCUGCUCGCGAAGGAAAACGUGGAUCGCGAAGCAUUGAUGCUUUACGCCCGUGAAGCUGCUGAAUUCUCUACGGAAUACCAAAUGAGUGGUAUGGAAUUUGCAGUGAACCAUUAUGGUCAGCCAGACGUGGCUAUGUUCGAUUUCACGUCUAUGUAUGCGGCGGAGAAUGCUAGCCGGAUUUUGGAACGUCGGGGUCAUAGACUACUUAUGAUCCUCGUGGGCGAUAGUCUGCUCGAGCCAUUCUGGCCAACGGGAUCCGGUUGUGCGAGAGGAUUUUUAAGCUCCUUGGAUGCCUGUUGGGCAAUCAAAAGCUGGGGUGCAAAUGUAUCGCCGUUAGAAGUAAUCGCAGAACGCGAAUCUAUUUACAGGCUACUCGGACAGACCACGCCUGAAAAUUUGAACAGGGAUUACGCUGCAUAUACACUGGACCCUCAUACCAGAUACCCGAAUUUGAACGUAUCCUCUGUAACGCCAAUACAAGUGCGAGGUUUAGUCGACACAGAUGACCCUGACAGCAUCAAACAGCCUCCUGUACAGUCCGAGAUCGAUAUUCCUAAGAAACGACGUCGCCGAGAUUUACGUGGAGAUUCACAAGUGCAUCCAGACACGCUGCUUCGCUGGUUGCAAAAACAAGUUGCCCUGUACGACUCGGUCCAAAUAAAAGAUAUGGGUGCCUCGUUCAAGAAUGGUCUGGCUAUUUGUGCGAUAAUUCACAGAUAUCGACCGAAUCUAAUAGAUUUCCAUAAUUUGAAUCCGGACGAUGCGAUUACGAACAAUCAGCUGGCCUUUGAUAUCUUGGAAAAAGAACUGAGCAUACCUCCAAUAAUGACAGGAGAGGAAAUGGCUCAAUACGACGUCCCCGAUAAACUCGCCAUGUUUUCUUAUCUCACACAGAUAUACGAAGUUUUCCGCGGUGAAAUCCCGUACAUUAAACAUCCAAAAUUAGAACCUGAAAACGAAGAAAGGCCUGCACAUAGUAAACAAUUGAGCCAAUUAACACCUGACCAAAAAGUUCAGUUAAUUGACCGUAUCGUCAGACAAGAUAGUGCGACAAGAACGAGACACUCACGAUCGCGACAUAACGAAAAUUUAAACCCCGCGGAUAAGAAGGGAGACACGAUUAGUCGACGUUCUCGAAAGAGACGAAGCACGGAGAAGAUGGGCGCGACAGUGGAGGAAAGGCAGAAGAGACUCGCAGAUAUAGAGAAAAAUCGCGCCGAACGUAUGAGAAGGCGACAAUAUUUGCGAAACAUGGCGACGCAGCAAUUCUACAAAAGUAUGCAGAUGCUGCAAGCGAACGCUAAACGCGAGAAAGACGAGCCGUUCGAAGAUUAUUCGAUAUUCUUAUACCGUCAAACUGCGCCGGAUUUCAAGGAUAGAGUGAAAUAUCUAGAGCAGAAAAUAUUAUAUCCAGAUAGAGAACCCAAGAUUCACGCUGGUCAUCAUAGAAACAGCAUAGACGAGGAGUUCUCUGGCCGAAUAAAGAGCAUCGAAGACAAAUUGAAAGGAUCUGCUCCAACUGAAAAGAAGCCCAGAGAUCUUCUACGUGCCAUUGGUAAAAUCGAGAAGACCGAUUGGAACGUGAAGGAAAUCGAGAAGAAAAUCGAGGAGAAUAAAAUGGGCCGUACUGUCCGACACGAUAAAGUAGAACGAGUGCCGAAGUGGAGUCGAGAACAGAUGUGUAUAUGCUUCAUUCAGUUUUUAGCUCGACAAAUCAAGAUGGAGAAGAAGGGACGGGAUCAAAAGGAGACAGAUAGUAAGUACGCUGAUAUUGACAAUACCCUGAAGAAUAUUGACAGGAAGAUGAAAGAGGGUAAUGUCCUCGGGUACAAUAAAGUUUCGGCUAUGGCCGAACAGUUUUCGAAUAAAAGUCAAGACGCGGAGCCCAAGGUGUACAAAUCGAAUGCCAAGUCCACAAUAGCGUUACCCGCGCAAGGAGGUUCGGAGAUGUGUCAUUUUUGCAAUAAGAGAGUUUAUUUAAUGGAGAGACUUAGUGCCGAAGGGAAGUUUUUCCAUCGAGGCUGUUUCCGUUGCGAAUAUUGUUCUACCUCUUUGAGAAUAGGAAACCAUACGUUCGAUAGGGACAAGAGUGGAGGACGAUUCUACUGUACACAACAUUUCGGUUUCUUAGGAGCGUUAAAAGCACGCGCAGAUAAGAAGAGAGUCGCAGUGUUGAACAAGGAAAACAUACCUGCCACACCAGUACAUCUAAAAACACCAGAGAAGGCAAAGAUACCUUUAGAAGGCGUUGUUGGUCUUGAUUUACUUGAUCGCGGGCAAACACCUGAGAGAAUAGAAUUUGAAAACUUAGCAGGAAUAUCAGACGCUGAAGAACCCCAAAGUCAGAUGGAUGAAGACGAAUGGACGGAUAGAAAUUUCGGUGCUUCCACCGCAGAAAUGGGUUCUAGCGAUGACAUUUCAGACAUGAGCGAUUCGGAUGACGAUAACGAAGUAUACGAAGAAGCGAUAGAUCAGCCCUUAACAACCGAAGGAACUCUUGAACUUGCCAAAAAUUGGACACUACGAUACUCUCAUCCACAUGCUGCAAUGGGACAGUCUGAUACUGGAAGCAACGAAUAUGAAGAUUCUAGUGAUGAAUACACGAACGAAGACGAUGAAAGUACGACAGCUACGGAGGAUGAAGACGACAUACGCGCUCGAGAGCUUAGAAGACAGGAAUUUUGGCUAAAGAAUCCUACCCGUAGCUCCGAUACGGACACCGGUUCGGAAACGGAGGUUGCCUCCAAUGAAGGUACAUCAGAAGAGAGCGAAGAAAAUUCAGCUACAGAAAUAUCGACGGACUCUGAAUUCGAACACGAUGGUGCAACUCCCACGCAACAUGAGAUUCCAGAAAUUACGAUCAACGAUUCGUAUGUCCGCAAAACCAGGGGAAAUUAUGUCGAGCCUAAGAAAGUUCAAGUAAAAAGCAAGGUUAUUUCAUCAAUUAAUGGGAAUAUCAAACAAGAUAAAGACUUAGAAGUCGCGAAGUCGCAAUUAAAAACGGAUCAUAAUGUAAAUCCUUCUCAUCUUGGGAAAGAGAGUAAGCUGAAUUUAUUAGGAUUCAAUAAUACGAAUGUAGCUCCAUUAAUAAAUCCACGCAAAGGAGAUUAUUUAUUGAACCGCACUCAUUCUACCGAAGGUAUUGCAUCUAAAUUAUCUUUGGAGCUAAAAAGGAAGUAUUUACUCGGUAGUACAGCCUUUGGUAGUUCUGUCAUGAAGUCAGGAUCAGCUUCGAAUGUAGAUACUCAGUUAAGAAAUUUCACAGACGCUAUUUCUCAGCACCAAAAGCUCUUAAAUCCCGCUCCGGAACCAAGUCCAACGAUGCAAGCAUUCUUACAGGGGACGAGCAAAUUGCGAUCGAAUAAUACUCAACUUUCUCCUAUAUCACCUACAGCUAUAUUCUCUUCAUCUCCGAUAAAACCAUACAAUACCAAUCGUUCCCCACAGAACUUAUUAAACAACGAUAGUCCUAUUUAUAAAGCAACAAUUUUGCCUGAAAUAUCGAAAACCCACUUACCAGAUUUGGUAAAAGAAUCUAGUAUAUUAAAAUCAAAAACUUCACCUAACAUUGUCUGUGGUGAAUCCAAGGAUAUAGAGAACAAAGAACUUAUGAAAGAACAAGUAGCAUCUAGUCAAUUGCAUACAGUUAAGAGUUCACAAAUAUUAGAAAAUGCGCGAAACUCUCAAAAUACAGAGAGCAACUUUACUGUAACCACAGAUGAAAAUAAUGGUUUCCGACCACGAAGUCCCUUGCAUGAGACCUCUAUCAUAGUACCCCAAGUCGAUUGGAGUAAAAACAAGGAAGAAACGAAAGAGACUGCCAGUACUGGAGAUUCAGACAUAGACAGCGAUUCUUUAUCUUCCGGCGAUGGUGAAGCAGAAGAUGAACCGCAGGAUCAAUCACCUGCUGUAAAUUUGUCUCCACCGCGUUUACAAAUUCACAGUACAGAUGGAGAUCUGUUGCUAGACGAGGAAGCUAACAAAUGUAAAGACUUUGAUGAUGGCCAGUCAUUCGAACCAGAUUCCAUAGAGUGUUCAUUUUUACGUGACAAGGAGUUGAAUACUAAGAUGAACACUGCAGUUCCUGCUCCAAUAUCUUCCAUGAAUAAAACUUCAAUGGAGCUAGAGAUAGUAAAGAAUGAGAUUGAGCAGUUAGAAUUGCAGGAUGAUGGCAAGAAGAGCAUUAGCAAUUGCAGUACUCCUACAUCGAUAAAUUCUGCAAUUUCCAAUAAACAUGAUGAUUCUGAAGAAAAUGACAUUACUACAGCUGCCCUUACGGAAACAGAAUUUUCAGAAUGGGCUCGUGAUGGUGAGGUCAUUGUCUCAGAUGAUCUACGAGAUGUUGAGUUCAAUAUUAAUCCAGAAUUUAUAACCACAAGGCGGAAACCUACAUUAUCAGAUGCUUCGAAAGCAGGUCAUACUCCAAUUACGAUAGCUAAACAAGAAGAUUUAACAGAUAUGGACUUGGAUUUUUCGAAGCUUGACAAACAGAUAGAUGUUCCUAUUAAUAAUACCUCGAAACUUUUAGCUAACGGUGAAAAUAUAGAUUUUAUGGACACAGAUAACGAAUCACUCCUGGAUGAUAGUUUGCAAGAUGCUUCUAAUACUGUUAUGCUCAAGAAUAGAGGAUAUAUAGAAUUCGUAAACAUUAAGAGCUCACCAAUGCUUACAAGUUCACGAGAUAAAUUAAUUACCGAUGCUCCUAUCGCAAAAUUAGAAGUAGAGAAUGAUUCGUGCUCAGAGGAAGAAGCUUAUAACGACAGAAACGUGAUAGAAAUAAAUCCAGUUACCAUGGAUGAUGUUAUGAAUAAGCUAAACGGUGCUAUAAAUAAAUCCGAGAAUAAUACUAAAUCAAACGUAGGAACAAAAUCAAAUUCUGUUCAGGAGGAUCAAUCUAUCACGGAAGCAAUAAAUAAAGAAUUGUUCCAAUCAAUGGAGGAAGAUAGUUUGCUUAUCGUUGAACCAGCUGAAGAUACCACUACUAGUGAAGUAGUCACUAUUCUUGCUAGUCCCGUGAAUCCACAAGUUUCAAUAGUUCCGAGUCAAACUCAAAAGGAACCUGAGCAAGAAGAAGAAACUAAAAUAACAGCUGAUUCAAGCAAUCCUGACUAUCUGGAAUAUGUGAAACGUUUACAAUCUAGAAUCGCAGAAUUUAGCAAUGCCAAAGACUCUAUAGAUGUCAGAAAAUCGAAGAGAAAGAACUCCAAAAGCUCUCUGCAAUCUCGUGCCGCUGAGAUGAUAGCAGAAGAAAUCAAGAAUCAGGAAACGACGAUAAAUAACAGCUUUAAUUCACCAGCUACCUCUAGGAAAUUGGAAGAAAUUACCAGAGAAAGAUCCAAGCAAAAGAAUGUAAUACAAGAUUUAUUAAUGGAUAAAGUGGAAGCUCAUAAGCAAAAGUCUGCAGAAAAGAAAGCAAGAAGAGCUGCUAGAGCUUCGUCGUUCAAUUCAACUCCAACUCUAUCGCCGAUAAGACCGUCCAUUCCUAAUGUUUCACUGAUUAAUAAAUUCGUGCCUACAUCUAUAGUAACACCUGAAAAUAGUCCCUUGCAUACUACUUCUGCUGAAAUCAAAAAGUCUGUAGAAAGUGAAACAUCUUAUGAGUCACAGCAAUUGCCUUGGAAAACAGAGAUAGGAAAAACUACGAGUGAAGAAACUAAUAAGAAUGACAUUCAAUCCUCUGAAAAUACCACAUUAACUAAAAUAGGUAAUGAGAAAGAAAACUUUAGAACUCCGGUCGCACCUCCAAGAUUGAAACACGAGGAAGCAAAGAGGACAGCAGAGAAGGCAAGACAAGAUGCAAGGGAAAGAGCGAGACUAAAGAGUGACGAAGAUCUAGGUCUCAGUCCAGAAGAUAAAAUUAAAGAGCUGAGAAUGAAAGUCGCACGAAGACAACUUUCCAUGGAAGAGAAAAAAACUAAAGAAGAAAUACAUGAACCUCGCAUGAGACUCUACAGUUCUGGAGCAAACAAGACUGGAUUAAAAUUGCAAACGAGCAAGAGUACAGACAAUAUGAAAGCUGUAGAAGAGGCAAUAAAUUUUACUGGCUUAUCUGCUGCCAAUGCAAAAUCAAUGGAUGAACUGUUACACGCUGAUUUUCCAAAGUCAAAUAAUUCUGUUGCCGUUGUAAAAAGAGAUAAGAAGCAAAAGACAAAAGAUCCAGAAAGAAGAAAGAGUAUCAUCCAAGCAGUGUCAGAUUUCUUCUUCAAGAAAGAAUCUUCUCCUUCGCCGUCCAAUCAAAAAGACAAAUUAUCUAUGUUCCGUCUGACGUCAAAAACAAAAGGCAAAUUAUAUAAAUCGUAUUCGGAAGGGUCAGAUCUUGAUAAAGUCUUAUCGCCAAAGACUAACACUAGACCAAAAAGUAUGUGCGAGGGUAUGCUCACAAGAAAUUUCCUAAAUGAAAAUCCGCCACCAAUUCCACCACCACCCCUUACUUACACCAUUCCUACUACACAAGUUUCAGAUGAUAGUUUAUCAGAUGAUGAUACAAAAACAACAGCAGUGUCAACAUCAUGCAUGCACAAGGCUACAGUAACAGAAGGUUCUUGCAAUAGCAUUUCACGCAAAACAAAAACUACAAAACGAAUAGCUAGACAAGCACAAUUAAAGAGGUUGCGUAUGGCUCAAGAGAUACAGAGAAAGCUAGAAGAAACAGAAGUUAAACAAAGAGAAUUGGAAAGCAGAGGUGUUAGCGUUGAAAAAGCUCUUCGUGGAGAAGGCGAAUGCUCUGAUCGGGAAGAAGCGGAUUUACUCAGAGAGUGGUUCGAUCUUAUGAAAGAACGCACGGAAUUACGCAGAUACGAAAAGGAACUUUUGGUACGAGCUCAAGAAGUUCAACUUGAAGAUCGUCAUGAAAGAUUGCAACAGGAAUUACGUGAACGCUUAGCUGACGAUGAUGAUAAAAAGACCAGCGCUGAUGUGAAAAAAGAAGGAGAGAUUUUAACAGAAAUGUUGGAAAUAGUUGCAAAGCGGGACUCGCUCAUUGCUCUUUUAGAAGAAGAGCGACAAAGGUAUCAAGAUGAAGAUCGUGACCUUGAAGCUCAAAUGUUGGCUAAAGGCCUCAGAUUAACACCAAUAAAAAAAUGUGGUCCUAAGUAUUCGGUUUAAUAGGAAUCACAUUAUUGUACAUAUACUCCAUUCUAUAUUUCCAUUCACAAAUUCUAACAAAUAAGUAAUUUAAUUAUGUUGUAAAUAAGAAAAAGAUCUUACAAAGAUCUUACAAAUGUCUUACAAAGAUCAAAACUUAAUUGUCGUGUAACUCUUUUGUAUGUUGAAAUUUUAAUUCAGUUGCAAGUUUUUUAACACAAAAAUGCAAAUAUGCAAAUUUCAUAUAUUCAUCCUCUUUUAAAACAAAAACACGGACCAAUUAUUUUAUUUUUCAUCUCCAAUUUUUACAGAUUAUUUACUAUGACACCUAUUUUAAGCUGUACACAUCAUAUGUAUAUAAUUUUAAGGAAUUCGAUUUAUUUGUAGUAUACUUUUUAUCUACUGUACAUCAUAUGUUUUCAAAUCGUCCGAACACCAAGUGGAAUUGUAUUAUAAAUGAAUUACUUAGUCCUCAUUGCUUAAGAUUUAAGGUAAGAUAACAUAAGAUCAAGCAAAAACAUAAACUUCAGUGCACAUUUGCAGAAAAAAAUGUGCAAUCUGUAUAGGAAAACUCAAUAUGACAUAUAUGGAUUUGAAACAAAUUUUAUGAAUACAUACAUAUAUUUUAUCAUUGCAAACACAAAAAAUUCUGCCUUUACAUGUAAAUCAAUCAAAAUAUAAUCAUUAUACAUAUGCAUAGAUUUGAUUAUUUGCAGACACAAAAUGUUGUAUUUUGCGAUUUGAUAUAGUAACUAAAUAAGAAGUGAUACCUUUUGCACUACAAUAAUGUGCAUUGCAACAUACACAGACACACGAUAUGUACAUUAUAGAAUUAAAUAAGAUGUAUAAAUCUAUUUUUAUGUUUACAAAGAGACUGGUAAAUGGAAUGUAUAAACAAUUGUAGGAUUUUAAUAACCCGCAAACAUGUAAAGUUUUAUAUGAAAUACAAUUGGAAAAAUGAACAUA